UUCCGCCGGAGCCAUUGCGAGAAGACUUGUGUUAGAUUCUGCGGAAAGUUGCCUGCCUGGGCUUGGAGAGGCGAGGCGCCGAUGAAACUGAUCGAUAGCGGCACACCAGCGGCCAACAAUGCCUCCGCCACCAACGGUGCCACGGCCUGCGCUCUUGCCCCGGAGGUGAAGUAUAUCUUGGGGAUAGACGUGGGCAGCACGGUGAUAAGAUGCCAUGUGUACGACAAGGCGGCGGUCCUCAAAGGUUUCAGUAGCAAACAGGUAGAGGCUCUUCAUCCUCAGCCCGGUUGGGUUGAAUUAGACCCUGAAACUCUGUGGACCCAGUUCAUUAAUGUGAUUAAAGAAGCAGUUCAAGUUGCAGGAAUUAAAAUGAAUCAAAUCUCUGCUCUUGGACUUUCAACACAACGUGCAACUUUCAUUACAUGGAACAAAAAGACAGGGAAACCUUUUCAUAAUUUCAUAAGUUGGCAAGAUGUGAGAGCUGCUAACCUUGUUAAAUCCUGGAACAGAUCUUUUUUAAUGAAGGCAGUCCAUGGUUUUUCUUCUUUGCUGCACUUUUUCACUCGGAUUAAUAAACUUCUGCUAGCCCGUUCUUUUAGUUUUACGACACAGCAUGUCUCUUUAAGACUGGUUUGGAUAUUACAACAUUUAUCUGAGGUAGAACAAGCUGCUAAAGAUGACAAUUGCUGUUUUGGAACAGUUGACACUUGGUUACUUUAUAAACUCACUAAAGGUGCAGCGUAUGCUACAGAUUAUUCAAAUGCCAGUACCACUGCAUUUUUUGAUCCUUUUAAGCUGCAGUGGAGUAACCUUUUUAGCAAGUUGCUUUCCAUUCCAAUAUCGCUUUUCCCUCCAAUAGAAGCCACUAGUCACAUUUUUGGAUCAGUUGAUCCUGAAAUAUUUGGAGUGCCUAUUGCAAUAGCAGCUUUGGUAGCAGACCAGCAGGCAGCCAUGUUUGGACAGUGCUGUUUUGACAUAGGCGACAUAAAAGUCACCAUGGGGACUGGUACCUUUUGGGAUAUUAAUACUGGAAACAACAUUCAUCUAUCUAAGAAAGGCUUGUAUCCAUUGGUUGGUUGGAAAAUUGGGAGCGAGAUCACCUACUUAACUGAAGGCAAUGCUUCUGAUACUGGAAAUGCUAUCAAGUGGAUUCAGAGCUUAG